AACUAGCAUGGCCGGAUGCAGCGACCGCGUGCGCCGGAGUUGAUGGACGCUUGGCAAUUCUUGAUAAUCUGGAGCUGCAGACGCUCUUUAACACUCAAAUGACGUCUGCAGUGGGCGAGGCAGUGUGGGUGGGUCGCUAUGUGGCUUACUCGAGCAUCGUCUCCGUCGAUGGUUGCUAUAGAAACCAGUCGCUCGGCAACCGCAUAACUCGAAACAUCGUAGACAACCACUUGGUCACGUGCCUCAAAGAAUGUCAGAAUAGCUCCUUCAUAGGAAUGCAGGGUCAGCUCUGUUUCUGCCUGGAUGCCGUACCGUCGACGGCAGGGGCGGCGGUUCCGGGAGGCAACUGCCGCACUACCUGUCCCGGGGAGCCGCCGAGCGCUACGGUGACCGUCAUGUCCCAGUGCGGAAAUCCAAACCCUCUAAUCAACACUGUGUCCGUCUAUCGGCGAGGUGAGGACAAUUACGCUUAG